GCCCCUCACCGACCUUCUUCUAAAUGGAGAGCAACCGUUACUCUUCGAAACGGUAUCAUCGCAGGAAUACAACGUAAUUGCUCGGCAAAAUGCAAUGCGACUUGCAUUUCGACAGGCUUCGUGCUAAUAACGAAGAAAUGCUCAAAGUGCUGCACUCUUCCACUGUGCAACGACUGGAAUGCGCAAAACGUUUAUUUGAAUUCGGCACUUUCACCCAAACAUUCUCAAGGCUAUUUAAUUUGUAUCGCGCCACAAGCAAUAUUACUAGCAAUUGUGGCAAUGCGACAAUAUUUGUUAAUAAACGUGUAUGACUAA